GGGGCUUGUCUCUGGAGAGCAUGGAGCUGAUGCUUCCAGAGACGUUUUCCACCGCUUGUGCGUUUGCGCAACAAAGGGUGGUGCAGCAGCAGCAGCCGACGCAGGAGGGGGGCGGGCGGCGGCAGCAGCAGCGGGGGCAGGAGCAGGGAGGAGGGGGCAGGGUGGCAAGUUGUAGCACUGGGGGAGGGCGCGGAGGUGUGGGUGGAGGGGCUGGCGGCGAGGGCGAGGGUGAGGGUGAGAUGCCCUCCUCGGUGCUGGCGCUGCACACACAAGAUGAUCUGGAGUACGGCAUGGCGUAUGCGCGAGUGGCGGAGGUGCUGCCGCCCGUGACUUCCAUUCGCGCCACCUUCGGUCACCGCGCCCCCCUUCCGGACAUCUCCAUCCGCCGGCUGGCGGGCACCAUGUUCCGCUUCGUGCGGGUGCUGUGCCACGUGAACCAGGAGGAGCUGGACUGGGUCCGGCUGCCCGGCGGGGUGACCAGCGCCUCCGCGGACGGGCUCUUCCUGCCCCUCAUGCCCGGGGACCCCACCUGGAACGUGACGGACAUCUUCAGACCUCGCCACCUGGGCUUCCGCAUCACCUUCGCCUACACCCGCCGCAACCUCACACUCGACUUCAGCGCCCUCACACUCAUGCGCUCCGUGCCCAUGGACAUUCGGGGCAGCGAGCGGCCCCCCGCAGCACAUGCUGCCGCUGCUGCCGCUACAACAGCAGCACCUGCAGCUGCAGACCCCUGUGCGGAAGCCAACGGCAGCACCACCACCGCCGGGGGCCCACACGGGCGCCAGACUGCUGCGCCUGCUGCUGCUGCGCCUGCGGACAUGGGCGGUGGUGGGCGCGGCGGCCGCAUCCGGGCCGCGCCGGUGGAUCACAGCCGGUCGGAUGAGUUCAGCUACUGGCUGCGCAACCCCGACGUGGUGCGCAUGGAGCAGGUGCAGACCUUCGCGGGCAAGCUGGAGGCGGUGGCGGAUGCGGUGGGCGGCAACUGGCGGCAGAUGCCGGUGGCGCCCGUUUGGUGGAUCUCGGGCUGGGUGGACAGGUUCCUGCGGCUGUUCCUGGUAACCGCCAUCGAGGGCGAGGAGGAGAUGAUGAAGAAGAUCCAGCUGCACAACCUGUACGACCCCAACAUUGAGCCCCCAUGGGGCACCACCAACAACACCGCCGCCGCCUCGACCGCUGGCGGAAAGAACAAGAAGAAGGCGAAGAGCAAGGGGAAGACCAGCAAGGGCGCUACUGCCGCCUCGCAGGCUCCUGCCUCCCCGCCCCCCCAGCAGGGGCCGUCCUCCUCCCUGUCCUCCUCCUCGCCAUCCCCCUCCUCCUCUCGGGACGCGGGCAAGCUCCGCUGGGACCGCGUGGAGGCCACCCUGCUGGGCCUGGUGGCCUCCAUGACGAUGGGGGGCAACCGCAGCGGGCAGGAGGACGGGUUUGCGGACUUUUCCGGGCAGCAGCUGAGCGAAAAGGAGAUGAAGGUCAUGGAGAAGGGGCUUCAUAGCAAGGCGGGGGAGGUCAUCAUGGGCAUGAGCACCAGCGACAAGAACCCGGAUCGCGGCUGCAUCGUCUUCACGGCGCAGUGGAACAAGCUGGCGCAAGCUAUGAAGUGGCCGGUUCGCAGCACGCUGGAGGUGCAGGACGUGUUGUCUCGCAUGGUUCGCAUGUCUUGUUGCUCCUACUGGAGCAGCUGGGAGUCCUCGGUGCAGGCCAUGCUGGGCCUGCUGAUGUCGGGGGAGGUGUCGCCGGCGCUGAGGAGGGAGACGGAGGCCAAGCUGCUCAGCCUGGCCUCCGACGUGGUGUUCGCGCGGCGGCUGGUGUGGGGCAUGUGCCGGGGCCGCCGCGGGGAGGCGCGCACGCUGGCGCUGCUGAGCGGUGUGGUGGAGUUCCAGCCAGCGCUGCUGGAGGCGAUCAGACAGCACGAGGAGGAGUGCCAGGCGCUGUCCAAGUGGCAGGAGGAGGAGCACUGGGCGGUGGCGGCGGGCCCCGCCCUGCUGCACCUCACACCCGAGCAACUAGCGGGGGAACUGCAGCACAGGCUCGUCCUCCGUACGCCGCCGCUGGUCAUCCCGUACGACACCGCUAUCGGCGCCGACGCCUCCCUGCCGUACAACAUCACAGGGGAGAUGCAUGCCGCCGCCGCGGCGGCGGUGGCCGCGUCGGAGGAGGUUGCCGGCCUCACCCCUGCGGCCCCCGCAGCGCCCUCGUCACUGGAGGAGGAGGUCACCAGCAGCACCUCAGCUGAUGCCGCUGCUGCUGCCGGCGACUCUGACCCCACCGCCGGCGGCCCUGCCACCACCUCCACCUCCACCCCCGCUCCCCCUCCCUCCGCUGAGGGUGGCGGCAGCAACGCUCGGACGCACGUCAUGUUUGUUCGCUUCCGCACCCGCGGCGAGCUGCGCACCGCGGUGUCCUCCCCGCUGGUGACCAACGAGGAGGACCUCACACCCUCCGCAGAGCAGCUCAAGCAGCAGUACCCGCAGGCGAGUCCCCAGGAGCUGACCAAGCUCGCGGCACGCAUGGCUGCGGAGGUGCGGCGGCAGCGGCGGCGGAGCCCGGCGCUGCUGGUUGCGCUGUUGCCAGUGUCGCAGUGGGAGGCGGCGGCGGUGCCGGCCGCGCGGCUGCCUCGGCGGGAUGACGCGAGUGCGCUGUCGUUCUUCAAUCUGGUGUUCAGUCGGUUGCCGCGGGGGCUGCAGCGGGCCGACCCGCAUGCGGCUGGGUCGCUGUGGGGCUGCGGGCUACCCGCGGUGCUGCUGCACAGGCGGCCGGCUGCAAGCAGGUGGUCUCCCUGGCUGCUGGAGGCGGAUGUGGGCGAGGAGGCGGCGGUGGUGGGGCCGCUGUUCGAGGCGCACACCACCCAGCCGCUGCCCAAGACGUGGAUUGGGGAUAUCGACUCCAGCGGUGACGGGGUGGUGUCGUACCGCGAGUUCCUGCAGGCCUACCUGCGCCACCGGGCGGGGGACUUUGGGAGCACCCCGAUGGCUGAGGUCGCACCGCCUCCUGCUGCUGCUGCGGGUGGCGCUGGUGGUGCUGGUGCUGCUGCUGCUGCGAUAGAGGUAACCGCCACUGCGACAGCGGCACCCCAGACUGCAGCAGGAGCUGAGGAGGAGGAGGACAGUGCAGCAGCUGAGAUGAGCGCAGCUGCAGCGCCUGACUCGGCCCCCCCGGGGCCCUCCUCGGACGCCCCCGCGGCUGCUGCUGUUGCUGCCCCCCCGCCCGCUGGCCUGCCCUCCACGCUAUCCGGCAAGCGGGGCUGGCAGCGGCUCAAGGCGGCCACUCGGAGCCAGCUGUCGCAGGCGUUCUGGGACCGGGAGAAUGCGCUGCGGCGACUGAGGGCUCGUGAGACAGAGGCGCAUGCGGCCGCACAGCAGGAUGCCCUGAUGACAGCGGAGAGGAAGGGCGCGGCAGGGCCGGCAGCAGCAGCAGCAGCACGGCCGCUGCGAGUGCUGGGAGCGCUGGGGGGGCUGGUGGCAGACGGCCCCGGCGGCCCCCCCAGCCCCCCCUCCACCGGCGUGCUGCUGGCGGGUCUGGACUGUCUGGCUGCGGAGGAGCUGAGCGAGGUGCAGCGCUGCGCCUGGACCGUGUACGCCAACCUGCGUAGUGCGGCGAGGUACCUCCAAGCCGCCCACACCGAGGGCGCCAUCUCCACCACCCCCACCCCCACCACCGCCCCACAGCCCACCACCGCUCCAUUCGCCACCUCCACCGCUGCUGCAACCACCACCGCCACCGCCACCAUUUCCUCCUCGCCCUCCUCCUCAGUCAUCCUGACACCCUUCCAGUUGGCAGAGCGUGCGGCCCUGGACUCCCUGCUGCGAUGUGUACGGCAGCCGGGUGCGCUGUUUGGCCCGGGGGGAGCAGGAGGGGGGGCGGCGGCAGGAGCGGAGGCGCCGGCGGCGGCGGCAGAGGAAGCAGCCGCCGGAGGGCAGGAGCUGCAGCAGACGCAGCAAAAGGAGCUGCAGCGUGCCAAGAGCUCCGAUGCCGCCACUGGUACUGCUGCUGCUGUUGGUGAAGGAGAUGAAGGCGGGAGUGGGGAGGAGGAGGCGGCGAAGAAGGAGGUUGCUGGGCCAGAAGCUGCUGCUGCUGGUGUUGCUGCGGGUGGGGAGGAAGGGGUUGAUGGCGGGAAGAAGAAGACGGAGGAGGCUGCUGCGGCUAGCGGGCGAGGUGGUGAUGCGACUGCUCGGCCGCCGCAGCCCCCGCGUGCCGUGUCGCUGGCGAGGCAAGGCGAUGCGCGGUCGUGGCUGCGGGCGAUUGCGGGAGCGGCGGGGGCGGGCAACAGGACGGGUGCGCAGCAGGACGCAAGCAGUUCCGCGCACCCCCGCGACUGCGCGCUGCUGGAGCUGCUUCUGGACCUGGCUGCUGCCACCGGCACCGGCGCGCACGCCGACCCGCUGGCGGAGGGGCAGCACCGGCCGCUGGGGCCGCUGCCGGGGGUGCCGCCGCUACUGCAGGGGCGGACACUGGCGUCGGCCGCAACACAGGUGGGUGCCGACGCGGCGCUGGAGCUGACCUCCUCCGUGGGUGCUCUGGCGCUCUCCGUCGCCUCCGCCGCCGCCGCUCGCGACGGUCUGCCUUCCCCGCUGGGCGGCCUUGACGAGGUGUUCGCGGCGAGUGCUCUGCGGCUGGCUGCGGAGGAGGUGUGGGCGUUCGUGACGGACAUGCAGGCGCUGGUGGAUCAGGUGCUGUCGCCGCUGGUGGCGGCGGCGGACCAGAGCCUGCCCAUCAUCCAGCGCGAGUCCAUCAAGGCGAUCUUCGGGGACACCAACAUUGAGCUCAUCCUGGAGUACGAGACGGAGCUGCUCAAGCUGCUGACGGUGCACUGGCGCUCGCACGCGCGCACGGGGCUGCUGGCGGGCAGUGUGGCG